CAGGGGCGGACUGACCAUUUGGAAACUCGGGCACUGCCCGAGGGCCCAGGGUCAGUAGGGGGCCCCAUGAGAUGCCCCUGGUACCUUUUUCAUAGGCUUUUUUGAGUUUGGGCAAGGACACAGGGGCCCCAUGAUCCCCUAUUGCCUGGGGGCCCCAUGAGUUGUCAGUCCGCCCCUGAUUAUGUAUGCAUGAGUCUGAAUCUGCCUGAGCUAUCCCACCAGAAAGUUGUCAAAUCAGACAGCCAAUCACAGGCAGCAAGAGCA